AUGGCGGGUUUCUUGUUUCUUGUGUUGAUGCAGUUUAUUUGGAGUUUUGGACCAGUACAGGCUGUUAGAGGAGGCGGCGCAUACUCAUACUCCGACUCGUCCGGCCAUAGAUACAGCGGCACUUACGAUCUGAAGCCCGACGGCCAGAUCGUUCACAGUUCUGGCGACCCCGUGCCUUUCUCGGACACUGCACUACCAGGGUAUGGAUACGGCUUCAACCCCGGAUAUCAAGGAGACGACUUCUACCCGACAUAUUUCUCGAAUCUAGAGAAUUUACUCCAAGAGGUGUUCCAAUCAAACAUUGAAAAUCAGAGGCUAGCGUACAACGCAGCAAGAAAAGCCUUUGAUUUAUCAUCGAAUGAAGAUUACUUUAAUCAUUUCGCCUCCAGGUUGCCGCCUUUCCACGACUUCAAUAGAUUCAGAGAAGAGAUUCCUAGCUUUCCUAGAUACCCCAACUUUGCGAUGCCGAACUUCCCGAACAGUGCCUUCGCCAGCUCCUCUCUAGGACCAGGAUUUAGACGACAAAUAGCUGCAAUAAACCCACAAAAUCCGCUGUCGAAUAACGUGAACAUUAACAAAGUGAGCCACUUCUCGGAUUCCCCCGGGCGUGGUGGAUACUAUGGUGUCUCCAGCAAAUCCUACGCAUCAUCUUCAAACGUCAACGGCCAAGAAUACAACCGCAGGGGAGCCAUAACCACAGUCGAUGACAAUGGCAAAGUGACCUCAUACAAGGUCGAAAGUUAA